ACUCAAACUGACCAAUCUUGCAAGUGGCCUUGGCCAGCUCUUCAUCGUGUGCAGGGUGGGGUCCUGCUCCGAUCCCUGGGUUACUAUCUGGGCACUUACUGCUGUUUGUAUGGGUGCCAGGCAGAUUCCUGCCACUUGCUGGCCUCUGAUCGUUGUUAGCAGGAACCCUGCUUGUGCCUCUCUGGCAGGGAAGACAGAAAGAGUGGGUGCUGGAAAGCUGCACCCAGUUUGGAUGAAGCUAAACCUUGAAAUGCCUUGCAUGGUGAACUUCCUGCGUCUGGCUGUGUUCCCAGGUGAAAAGGAGCUUGCCAUGAGGCUGGUAAUGCUGUUCCUCAGGCUGCUUUCUCUUUCCCACGGUCGUAGCAUGCCAAAUACGUCGGGUGGAACAGGCCUGCACAUGACCUGGUCUGGGCAGCUCUGCCCUGAUAUCCUAGGGACUGUGCCUCUAGUAGAUGCUGUAGAGUCCACAUCUGCCUUCCUCUGGGCCCUCCACAGUAAAGGGGAGGGUGGGGACAAUGGAUGUGACCCGCCCCUUGGCUCUGAGUUGUGAAACCUGAGGCUCAGCAACAGUUAAACUCCUCCCCUGGCUGAUGGGUGGCUGCAUUGGGAGCAGACACUAGGCUUGCUGACUUCUUCCCCAAGGGCCCUCAUCACUCUAUGUGCUGCCUUCCCUUCUCAAGACUGAAUUUCUUCAAGGAUGGCCCGGCUGCCGUGUGCCUGUCAGAGAGCACGUGCAGGGGCUCUCUUCUUACUACUCUGGGGCACCGUGGUGAUGGGGGACAGGCUGCUGGUGUUCCCUCAGGACGGAAGCCACUGGCUCAGCAUGCAGGACAUAGUGGAGGCUCUCAGUCAGAGGGGCCAUGACAUCAUGGUGCUGGUGCCAGAAGUCAAUUUGCUCCUGAAAGAGUCCAAGUACUACAAGAGAAGAAUCUACCCGGUGCCAUUUGAUGAGAAAGAGCAGAAGAACCGUUACCGCACCUUUGGAGAAAAGCUUUUCACGUACCGGCACUGGCUGAGUGGGCCACUGACUGAGUACGGGAAUAACAUGGUUGUGAUCAGCAUGUAUAACACAAACUGCCAGAGCCUCCUGAGGCACAAAGACACCUUGGCUUUCCUCAGGGAGCAAAAGUUUGAUGCUCUUUUCACGGACCCAGCCUUGCCCUGUGGUGUUAUCCUGGCUGAGUACCUGGGCCUGCCCUCUGUGUACCUGUUCAGGGGCUUCCCCUGCUCCCUGGAACAUGGGUUUGGUGGGAGCCCGAAUCCAGUGUCUUACAUCCCCAGGUGCUAUACCAAGUUCACGGACCGCAUGACUUUCCCACAGCGGGUGGUCAACUUCCUCGUCAACCUGCUGGAGAUCCCUCUGUUUUACUGUCUGUAUUCGCAGUAUGAGGAGCUGGCCUCGGAGCUCCUGCAGAGAAAGGUGGACUUGGCCACCUUGUUUCACAAGGACUCCAUGUGGCUGCUCAGAUAUGACUUUGUGUUGGAGCACCCGAGGCCUGUGAUGCCCAACAUGGUCUUCAUCGGGGGCAUCAACUGCAAGAAGGAGGGCGCCCUGCCUCAGGAAUUUGAAGCCUACGUGAAUGCCUCUGGAGAACAUGGAAUUGUGGUUUUCUCCCUGGGAUCUAUGGUCUCUGAGAUUCCGGAGAAGAAAGCGAUGGCGAUCGCCGAUGCUUUGGGAAAGAUACCUCAGACAGUCCUGUGGCGGUAUACCGGAAGUCGACCAUCAAAUCUUGCAAAGAAUACAAUACUUGUCAAGUGGCUUCCGCAAAACGAUCUGCUCGGCCACCCCAAGACGCGUGCCUUCAUCACCCACUCGGGCUCCCAUGGCAUUUAUGAAGGCAUAUGCAACGGUGUUCCCAUGGUGAUGCUGCCCCUGUUUGGCGACCAGAUGGACAAUGCAAAGCGCAUGGAGACCCGCGGAGCUGGCAUCACCCUGAACGUCCUGGAAAUGACCUCCGACGAUCUAGCCAACGCCCUGAAAAAGGUCAUCAAUGACAAAAGCUACAAGGAAAACAUCAUGCGCCUCUCCAGCCUUCACAAGGACCGUCCUGUGGAGCCGCUGGACCUGGCUGUGUUCUGGGUGGAGUUCGUGAUGAGGCACAAGGGGGCACCACACCUGAGGCCCGCCGCCCAUGACCUCACCUGGUACCAGUACCACUCUCUGGAUGUGAUCGGCUUCCUCCUGGCCAUCGUGCUGACCGUGGCCUUCGUCACCUUUAAGUGCUGUGCCUUUGCCUGUGGGAAAUGCUUUGGGAAAAAGGGGCGCGUGAAGAAAGCCCACAAGUCCAAGACACAUUAGGAAGCAGGAGGGAGAUGAGGUGAAGUUUGCAUCCAUUGCUCAGCCUGUUCCAAAUGUGCAGAGUCAGUGUUAAAAUCAUUUGAUUCUUUUGAAUGACAUAUUUUGCCACGAAUUAGACAUCCCCACCACGAUUUUUGUCUGGUUGUUUGUUUGAAUGAAGUUGAGUUAAUCGCUGGUCAUGUCUGUAGGUGAAGGUACUUGACUAUGUGCCCGCCCCCUCCAGCACCAUCAAGCUGGACCACACUUGUUUUCCGUCUGAUGCUACACAGAACGUGGAGGGCUCUGUGGUCUUCGAGUGGAGCCGGAGACUCAGAGGUGGUCCCAUGGCUGCCCCUGCAUCAGCAUCGCCGUCUGGCUCCCACCAGCCUUGGUGAUCCCUUUCUUCUGCACCAGCAACGAUCCAGCCGCAUUUACAUUCAGAACCUGAGUGUUGGAAGAAGGCAUUGACUGCGUAUUUAAGGCAUACUCAAAAGAAGAGCAGGUGGUGUGGAGUCCUGGAGAGCAGUGUAUGGUUUCCGACCUUGGGAAGCAAGGAGGCCGGAUCCUGAGCGGGUCAUCAGAAAUUGUGUCAAAUGCACCUGAAUACGUGAAAAUCCCAAACUGUCAUGCUUGGCCUGGGUAUUUGAUGUUUUUCACAGCUCAAAUUUUACUAAUAAAUUUAAUUUCUUAGA